CGUGACGUAACAAGAAAGCGACGCGCAUCCAUCUGUUGUUGUUCUCAGCGGGAACUGCAGUAACUGACGUGAAUGGAUAUUUCUAUUGAAUCCCAGUGAGCAGAGAGCAGACUGGUUGUGUUUGCGGUGGAUCUGUGUGUUCGUGUGUGCGGCAGAUGAUUUCCUGCUCGUCCCGACAGAGACAGACAUGUUCCACAACAGCUCCCAGAGAAAGUACUGGAUCUUCCACCAUGAGGACGAGGUGGAGCACAGGAGAUGUAAAGCGAACCAGAAGGUCCGCAACAAGAUACUAGAGAGUGUGAAGCACGGGGUCAGUGACUCCAUGUUUCUGGAGCGUCAUGAGGAAGACGUGUUAUUCAGACAUUAUGAGAAGAGGCUGCUGGAUUUCUGCAACAUGUUCAAACCUGUCAUGCCCAAGUCUGUGGUGGGUACAGCCGUCAUGUACUUCAGAAGAUUCUACCUGAACAACUCCAUCAUGGAGUACCACCCUCGGAUUAUCAUGCUGACGUGUGCAUACCUCUCCUGUAAGGUGGAUGAGUUCAACGUGUCCAGCACCCAGUUUGUGGGGAACCUUGUGCAGGAGAGCCCAGCAGGACAGGAAAGAGUCCUGGAGCAAAUCCUGGAAUACGAGCUCCUGCUAAUCCAACAGCUCAACUUCCACCUGGUGGUCCACAACCCCUACAGACCCAUGGAGGGUCUGCUCAUCGACAUCAAGACUAGAUACCCCACUCUGGAGAAUCCAGAGUCACUGAGGAAGAGUGCAGACGACUUUCUGACACAGGCCACCAUGACAGAUGCAGGGCUGCUGUUUCCCCCGUCUCAAAUCGCUCUGACAGCUAUUCUGAACAGCGCUUCGAGAGCCAGUCUCAGCAUGGAGAGCUACCUGACUGAAUGCCUGGGACUGAAAGGGGACAAAGAGUCUCUGUCAAAGAUGUACGAGUCAAUGAGACGGAUGAAAACCCUCCUGAAGAAGUAUGAACUUCCUAAAAUGGAGGAGGUGAAUGUUUACAAACAGAAGCUGGAGAGGAUUCACGCUGAAUUUGGUAUUUCAAGCAACAAACGAAAGAGAGGAUAUGAAGAAGACGGCCACGUAGCAAAAGAACCACGUUUGGCAGAAGAGGAGUGGACAGAUGAAGACCUGAUAUGAGCUCCAUGCGGCUGUAGAAUUUCUACUUACUUCCAGUAUUGAGCUGCCAGUGACCAAAACACAAUGAUGUCUCAAACAGUUUGCAAGUGUUCAUGUCAUUUACUUUCCCACAUGACACCGCAGUAAAUCAUUUGUUCUACGUAAAGAAUAAAGAUAUUUUUCUACAAAUUGUGUUUCUGUGGAUUUAAGUCAGAAUGGUGAACUAACUAACAGAAUGUAUCACAUUAUACUACUUGCAUGUUUCUCCACCUUCGUCAGGGGACAAUGAAGGAGUCUGUAAUCUACUUUACAAAAACGUUUAAUAAGUGCAUGCAUGUCUGAUACAGUCUGUACUAUUCAAUUUUUUUUUACUGUUGUAAACACUUUCAUUUUACUUGGUUUCUCUGAUUAUGUGUCUUGUCUGGCAUUCAGAAGCUUAAAAAAAGGCUUAACCAAAUAAUCCAAAAAAAA